AUGGCGGCAGAGACGACAGAAACUGCACCGCGGCGGUUUUUUAACAGCCCCGCAAACGGCGGCGCUGACGGCGGCGGCAUCGGUAGUAGCGCACGGGGCGCCGCCACUGUCCCUGUCCCCGUUCGCGCCACGGUUCCUCGAUGCCUGUGUAAAAAAGACCUCGAAUCGCGGCGCCGGAAGCGCGGGGCGUGGACGGCGGCGGAAGACGCGGAGCUGCGGGCUUACGUGGCAAAUUACAGCGCUGGAAGUUGGAAGCGCGUGACGGAGGCGGCCACGCUGAAACGCGACGCGCAGAGCUGCCGACUGCGGUGGUCCAGUCACCUCAACCCCAAGGUCAACCGUGCGCCCUUCUCGCCAGAGGAGGACGCCCUGCUGCUAGUGAGCAUAGCGUGGGGGGGCUCCCACAGCGGAACCAAGUGGGCUGCCUUUGAGUCCAACGAAUUGAAUGGCGCUCCCAUUCAAUGGGACUCCUGUUCUUCUGGCGAGCGUGACAUGGGGCCCCCUCGGCGAGACGAAACCAAGUGGGCCGGCUUUGAGUCCGACGGAUUGAAUGGCACUCCCAUUCAGUGGGGCUCCCACGGCGAGACCAAGUGGGCCGCGAUCGCCUCGGCGAAGUUCCCCUCGCGAAGUGGUUACCAGAUUCAGAGCCGCUGGCACAGCCUUGUGAACAAGCAGCGCCGGGGGGUGAAGAACAACCCUCGCAUUCGCCCCCCGAGGGCGGAAUCCCCCCUCCCAGGGGGGGGGGGAUCAGGGGAGGCGGGAACUCCCCUCCUGCCUUCAGAGCCGCUGGCACAGCCUGGUCAACAAGCAGCGGCACGGGAUGAAGUACAACCCUCGCAUUGGCCCCCCGAGGGCGGAAUCCCCCCUCCCAGGGGAGGAUCAAGGCGGGGGGGGAUCCCCCCUCCCAGGGGGGGAUCAAGGGGGGGGGGGGAUCCCGCCUCCCAGGGGGAGAUCAGGGCGGGGGGGGAACCCCUCUCCCAGGGGGGUGUCAGGGCGGGGGGGAAUCCCCGCUGCACGGGGAAAAGAAAUUCCCCUCUUCCCUUUAAGGCAUGGGCGCGGGGGGGGGAGGAGGGAAACGCUUUACUACCUGCUGCUGGCCCUACUGUCAACCCGUCUUCUCCAACCCGGAGUGGAAGGCCGGAGGGAAACACUACAGCUGCUGCUAUUGUGACAGGCACGGGUGAUAGAGCUACAGCUACAGCCCAUGCAGGCGCUACCCUUGCUGCUGCUACAGCCCUCGUGGGUGCUUCUUCUAUAAGAGCUUUCCUUAAUGCUGCUGCUGCUGCAGCCCCUCCUGCUACCCCCUCACCUAUUGCGUCUUUCAUCCUGACCCUCCAUUCUGCAAUCAACGGUCGUCCUCACUCCCCAAGCCCAGCCACCUCUUCGGAACCAUUCACCCCUGCAGUUGGUUCCCUUACAGCUGCCGCCUUUGCUCCGCCUCCUGCUGCUGCUGCUGCUGCUGCUGCUGCUGCUUCUGCUGCUGCUGCAGCCCCUGCACCUGCUACUGUUGCUGCUGCUACCCCACCAGCUAUUGCUGCGUUCAUCCAGACCCUCCAUUCCGCAAUCAACGGCCAUCCUCACUCCCAAAGCUCAACCUCCUCCCUUCAGUUUCCCUCCACUCUUCCGGAUUCCAUGCUCCCUGAAUGUUUCGCAGCGCAAAAACGGGGCAGCAGCCAGUCACCUAGCAGCACCGCUCUGGUACAACCCAGCACCGCUCUCGGGGACAGCAGCACGUGCAGCAGUGCAGUAGCAUGUGGGGGUGAGGGUGAGGAGAGGCCUUUGGUGCAGAGGCAGAUGCAGAGGCAGACGCAGGAAGCUGACUUUUCGGGCGCUGCAGCGGCACCACCACCAUUUGCAGCAUCAAGAGCAAUUGCCUCUUCAUGUGCUUGCAGCUCUGCUGCUGCAUCGUGGCUCACGAGGGUAGGUGCUGCAGCAGCAUUGUGUGCUUGCAGGGCUGCUGCUGCAUCCAUUUGCAGCAUCAACAGCAGUUGA